AUUGCUUUUCCUCCCUUGGCAAUUUGGCUGUGGGUGUUUGUAACUUCUCAUUUUCCAUUGCUUUAACUCUCAGAGGCUUUUUUUUUUUUACCUGUCCUCUCUUUUCUUUCAGAAAAGUUUGAUUUAUAGAAUUAUAUAGGUUGGAAGGGACCCUAAUGACCAUUUAGUUCUGGCUCCCCUGCCACAGACCUUUCUCUAGAUGAGAUUGCUCAAAGCCCCAUCCAAGCUGGCCUAGAACACUUCCAGGGAUGGGGUAUCCACAGCUUCUCUGAGUGACUUGUGUCAGUGUAUCACCAUGCUCACAGUAAAUUUCUUAUUUGCUCAAGAUCUCAGAGACAGAAAUAAUGGGCCCCUUGGUCCUAAGUGUGAUUACACAUGAAAUGUUAUCACAUGUUGUGAUAACAUUGCUGGACACCAAAAUGUCUCUAUUUGGAGUCUGGCAAGAGCUGAGAGACGCUGAUGCAGGCUUUAGUAUCUCUGAAAUAUCAGCCCAGGAAUAUUGGCCCAGAUCACCUAUUGCUACUAGAAAAUGUAUUCCUGGAGUACACCAGGAUGUAACACAGGCUCUGCAUAUCCCUUGCUGCAUUUCACACAGUGUCUCUUUUAAAUGUGGGGAGGGGGAAUACCUUCAAGAAAAUAAGGCAGGGCAGCACAUCCCUGUGGAUCCAGGAGAUUAUUUUAUUCAAACAUUUUCUUCCACCUUGCUUUCUCCAUGUCCCUGCUUCCCAUUAUGCCUGUGUGGUGUGAAUCACUGAGUGGGAAUAGGGUACUAGAAUUUAGCUGAGAGCUGUUUUCUAAAUUCCUGAGUCUUGGAUGACCCUACAUGGCUCUAGGUGUGAUCUGGCUCCUUAACACCCUUUCUAUGACCCUUCAGAUGUGUCUAGCUUUUAUGGAAAGAAACUGAGAUGUUAAAAUGGGGGGCAAAACCAUGCCAGGAUGCUGGUGCUGAUUUGCUGCUGCAGGAGCAGUGUGGUGUCUGAUUCCUGCCAGCUGUGCCAUCCAGAAAAGGGCACGAUGGUCAUGUUAGUUUGCUAUUCAUUGACUUAAUAGUCAAUUUGUCCCUUGGGAUCCUCGUGCCCUUCUCUGGAUGGCACAGCCUGAUGGAGGCCACCAAAAUGGUCAGGAGGAAAGUGGAUUUGUUCAUUCAGGGGGAGAGAAGGUAAAAGGGGAGCUUGUUGUUGUGUGCAGCUACUUAACAGUAGAAUCACAGAGUGGUUUGGCUUGGAAGGAACCUUUAAAGGUCAUCUAGCUCCAUCCCUCCUGCCAUGGACAGAAACACCUGCCACUGGACCUUGUUGCUCAGAGCCCCAUGCAGCCUGGAUAGGGGAGUGUGGACAAGAUGGAGCCAGGCUCUUGCAGAGAUGCACAGUCAGAGGACAAAGGACAGCAGCACAAGCUGCAGCUUGUCUUCUGCAUGAGCUCAGUCAGACCCUGGAACAGCGCCCAGAGAGGCUGUGGGACGUCUGUCCGUGGAGAUACACAAAGAUGGACUGCAUGAAGCCCAGAGAAACAUUACUGAUUUAACUCUGAAGUAAGUUCUGCUUUGAGCAGUGGGUUGGACUAGACUCCUCCAGAGUCUCAUUCUAGCCUGAAUUAGCCAUGAACCUACACUCAGAGAAAGUUGCCACUAUUCCCUGCAAAGGUGACAUCCCUGGCUUUGUUUUGGGAUAAUGAGCCAUGGUUGUCAGGGAGGUUGCCGGGGAGGCUGACAUGAGACAUCCCUUCCCUAUAGAUUAUCGUGCACAGCAGCACCAACAGUUCUGAAUCUGCAAAUGAGUCGGGAGGGCACUCAGGGGAAGCCCCAGAGGUGUUUUGCGUCACUGGCCCAGGUUGCCUAGCGCUGCUGCGACUGUGGAGAAGGGACAUCAGCUCCCGGGGCCUGUCUGAUCUUUCCCCCUGCGUGUCCUGUUUGAGAGCCACACGCUGCUGAGCACGGAGCAGAGGAGCAGCCAAGGUGAUGGCGGCUGAGGCAGCGAUGCUUGAGCUGCCCUUCACCUGCGACGAGCAGCUCACCCGGCGCAUGAGGCUGCGAUUCCAGAGCCUGCAGCAAAGGAACAUGAGGCCCCAGGAUGGCGAGAGGCUGCUGCGUCCCAAUGAGCACAUCUACCGAGUGGAUUUCAUCCAGCAGCACCAACUGCGCUUCCUCCGCUGGGACGUGCAGCUGGAGAGCCCUGGGAAGGUCACGGUGACUGGCACCUCCCAGCACUGGACUCCUGAUCUCACCCACCUGAUGAACCGGCAGCUGCUGGAGCCAGUGGGCAUCUUCUGGAAGAAGCCAGGGGCUGAGGAGGUGCAGUGCAAUGAGGCAGAUGCCCAGGAGUUUGGGGAGCGGAUAGCAGAACUAGCCCAGAUCCGCAAGGUGAUGUAUUUCCUCCUCACUUUCACUGGCGGCCUCGAACCAGCUCAGCUGAAAGGCUCCAUUGUUUUUAAAGCCUGAUCCCCUCUUGUUCAGCUUUUCUCGCUCCAGCUAUGCUUCUUUCAGUUCAGUUCUUUGGUCCAUUUUUAUAUCUGUUUUUUUCUUCUUUUUUUCUUUUUAAUGAGAGACAGCACCAUGGUGAAGCAGAGAACAGCUCAGUGCUUCGGGAGCCCCUCAACCCUGUGAAAUAUUCCCCAAAUGUGCUGCCCUCUGUCUAGAUGAUUAGAAGGGGACCAUGAGCUUGCUGCUGCAUUUGUCUGGAGUAUAAGACUGUGUGCUUGUGAAUUCAUUAGGGAUUCAUGCAGGCUCUUACUGGCUUGGAAAUAUGAGGCUGCCCUAAAUCCUCUCACUGCAGCAACUGCAGACCAAAAACCCACUGGAAAAAUAAGUAAUUGUCAUGCCAGAAACUAGCCGGGACCCCUGGAGAGAGCCCUGCUUUCCAGUUUCCAUCCUAGCCAUUAAAAAGGGAGAGCUUGUUUAUGAUGGAGUUCCUCUCCUUGCAAGAUGCUGAGUGCUUGCAGGCUCUGGUGACUUGUGCUGCUGCUGUAGCUGCUUGGAGUCUCUGAAGACCAAUUCCAUAGAGAAUCCACCUUGCUGUGAAGCUGAAGUACCUACACUUGGACUCACUGUGUUCUGCAGAUUGUAAACUCACUGGACUGAUGGGGAGGUUGGACCAGCCUUUCCUGACCACUGCCAUCAUUUCUUACAGGGGGGAGGGUGGAAUUUCUUGGUCCAAGAUGGGCUGGAGUGUGUGUGCAUGUGUGGGCAGAGCCAGCAGCUCAGAACAGCCUAGGCCAGCAAUGAGUCCUCUGCAGCAGAGUUAAUUUGUGCUUUGUUCUGUCCUUAAAGCACCCAUCAGAUGUAAAUUCAGAAUAUUUACUCUGAAUUGUCUCUGGAGAGCCAUGAGGCUGCAGAGCACUUUGCAAGCCACAAAGCAGGAACCUGCUGCUUCUGUCCAUGAAAAGCAGUGUCUUCUGCCCUCUAAAACACAGGGAAGGGUGUCUGGGUGACCACAGGAGCAGAGAGGAGUGACACAUUUAUAAGUAUUGGAACAGGAGAGUGUUUUGUGCCCAGUUUGCCCCAUGACUGCAGUAAACUACUAAGUUUGGAUGUUUCCUUUUCCUCCACCAAAAAGUGGAGAGUACUUCAAUGAAGUUCUGAGACACACUGAUAGAAAAGUCCCUUGAAAGAGCUAAGUAUUAUUAUAGUUGAUCCUCUGCUCAGAUUGCACUCAAAUGUGUGUGAGUAUUCCUCAAGGGGCAGCCUGGCAUCUUCCCAAGGUGAGUAAGGAGAGAGCAGUGAUGGGAAAGCCAGGGUAAGUGACUUUGUACAUGUAGCCUGCAGACUUAUGCAGACCAGCCCCAAAAAGAGUCCAACCUCUUCUCCAAAAACCUCCAGAGGUGCAGACCCUAUGCCUUCCCCAGCCCAAGAAUAGUGUAUAAAAUGACAUGCACAAGUUAUGCCAGGCAGAGUAGAGAAAAAAAGCAGAUCAGCUACUGGCUGGAGAGAUGGUGGGAGCUUUGAGUCUUGCCCAAAACCAAGCCCAGCAACCACCAAAUCCUACAACUAUGCCAUGGCCAUUGCUAGACAAGUUGAUGUCUUUGUUUAGAGCCCAAGAAAUGCUGGACUUGGUGAGUAGAGAGAAAAGUGGAUGCAUCCCCGUUUGGCCAAACACACCUCUAGGGUCCUAGCAGACUUUGCCAUAGGAAACCCCUCCUUGUACAUCCCAGAGCAGAGUUCCUGACUACAAACUGCUUUAGACCAAAGAACAGGAACCACUGGCAACAUCCAAAGUGGUUAUUGCAUGCUAAGUCUCACAAUAUGCCAUUGCUACAUUGCUAGGGCAGAUUUCUUGCUGCAGGUAUCUCGCUGGGUGUUGGUGUACAAUAGUAAAUAAAAGCCUAGACAAUGGGUUCCCCUUAAGGACUGAGGCUGUUUGUGAAUUCUUCAUGCUCCUUUUGGGAGCUGCCCUAAUCCUGCACACAAUAAAGCACCAAAUUUCAACUCAAUGCUGGUAUUCUUGAGCCCCUUUUAACUUCCUGUCAAAUGUAAGAUGAACAUUUACUUUCUUCUCUCUUGGUGUGAAAGGCUUCACGGAGUAUUGAGUAGGUUUUUUGUGGUCAAGAGGGGGUUGAGGCUGGACAUAGAAGGGGAAAUGAUUCUCAGGUGGAUCCUUGUUUCCUUCAGAAGUGGGAAAGGGAGGUGCAGGUACAAGUGUGAUCUCUCUGCUGCAGGGAAGAUGAGCCUCUUUUUACCAGUCACUGAAACUAUCCCUACACAGUUUCAUCAUCCCAUAAAGAUUUUGAGAUACAUCACCCUGUCCCAUCUCACAGGGAAAUUUCAUUCCAGUUUGUACCACAGCUCAGCAGAUUGGUACAGCUGGAUGCCUUUCUCCUUAUUCUGAACAGGCAAGUUCCCAGCAGAAGCCUUGGAGAACUUGACAUGUACCAAUUUCUCCUUCUAAUCAGGGAUAUUUUUUUCCAGGGCCACAAGUGCCUUUUCUCUUAAUUAGCCACUCUUAAGAAAAUUGAAAAAUAAAUCAGCUUAAGGAUGUGAACCUGGCAUUUUUGAGCUCCCAAUUUACCCAUCUCUGAACUCUUUCACUGUAAAUUUGUCACACUAAAUGGUGUUACAGCUCCAGAUUUUGUGAAUCCCUAAGGAAAAAGCAGCACAGCUGGGUGAAGGAGAAUGUGGUUUCCACUGCCCCAGUGUCACGGAACCAAGCUGAGGGCAGGACUAGUUGGGAUCCUGGGAUGGAUGGUCCAUGGCACACUCUCCAGCAGGGAACACCUGUGGAGAUCAGACUCCUCUCAUUUCCUCUCGGGUUAGUAUAGAAAACGACCAGUCCUUGCUCCUGGACCCAGCUCUGGAUGAAAGCUGACCAUUUUUGCUGCCUUCAGUGGUGGAGGGUGCUCCCAGAGCUGUCCCAAGUGAAGAAAUGAGGAGGAUGGUGGGGACCUGUGUGUCCUGCCACAAGUGACAGGAGGAGCAAGUCUCAGACCCAGCCAGCUGGAAGCUGCCACUACCAGCCCUGGCUGACAAGCUGCCUCUGAUCAAUGCUGGGAUCAUUUCUAAGCCCACAUUAAUAGCGAGUUGAUUAUCACAAUGGCCCUCUAUGACAAUUCAUUAGGAUGAGCUCCAGUCAGGAGGGAAUCAAUGGGCACUGAUGGAGGACUGGCUGACAUCUCCUGGCAGUCUCCAGAGAGAACUCUAGGACACCAUUGUUAGCACUCCUAUUAAACACCAAACCCUCCAAAUGUGUCUCUUUUUCAUGGCUUUGUCUGCUCUGUUUCUAUUGAUCCAGAUGAGUCAAGAGUGCCUGUGAGCUUGCAGGGCUGAUGGCAUCGUUAAUAUUUCAGUGUAGGAGCAAUAAGAGCCCUGGGCUAGAUCAUUGCUGGUAGCUAAGGAGUCAGGGGGCUUUUCAGAGGGAAUUCUCUCUGCACAAUUCCUGCUUUGUGACAGCAGACAAAAAAAAAAAAAAAGAAAAAACCAACCAACCAAAAAAAAAAAAAAAACACCACCAAAACAAAGUUGGCUCAGCAGCUCUGUCAUCAGGACAAGGACACACAGUAAAGAUGGUUUCACCAUGUCUUGUGACUUCUUAAAGAGGCUCUUUCCAUGCAAUGUAGUUGUGUCCUCUUCUAUCCCACCCCAACAUGCUCAGCUCUCCACAGGAAAGUGAUUAUUUGGUGUGUUGGAACAUAGUAACAUAAUGCAUACUUGCAUUUACACCUUGGGGUUUUUUAUCACUGAGCACAUGAUCCUUUGGGAGCAGGUAAGUGAAGUAGCAGGGGUGUGGACAGUCAAGUCAGUCACAUUACUGCUGUCUAAGUCUAUACUUGUCAGCAUCAGCUACCAUAACUACAUGUGGUAUCACAGCCUGCCCUGGCCAUGCAGUAAAACCACAUUGGCUCCACCACCCUCAGCAAAAGCUAAAUUGCAGUGUGGUAGUUCCUUGCUUUGGGCCUCUGCAUCCUGGAUCCAGACAAGAUGCAGAUUCCCCUACAUGUAGCAUCUGGCUGGCUAUGCUCAUUUCUGUCCCAGCUGUUGGGUGAAUUUUCCAUCCAAAGCAGAGCUGGUAGUGCCUGCAGCCAUGAUGGGCUACAGACUUUGGCAGUUCCCCUUUGCUUGUGCCUGUCCUGCUGGCAAUGACACCAAACCUGUGCCUCCUCUGACCCCUCAGCUGCACUAGGUCUUCUCUCAACUCAGGCCUUCUUUUCCCUCUUUCAUCAAAUCACCUCCCUGUGCUUGCCUGGGUGAGCGUGGUAGCUCUUGACAAGAAAGAAUUGAGACCUUGAGGGAAUGGAGAUCCUGCUUGUCCUACUUCUACUUAACAGAGUAGGUUCACGCAGAGUAUCUGCUGCCUGUUCAUUUCCACCAGAUAGAUGAAUACCACACUUGCUCUUGGGCCAGUCAAGUCACACCAGAAUCAAGCAGGAGAAUCAAAGAAGGUACCCUUUGUUAGUGGUACCCUAUUGACACUAAAAAAAACAAAGGACAUGGUCAUAAAAAUAACCAUCCCUGGUUAAACAAAGAACUCAUCUGCUCCAAUAACCUGUCUACAGAAGUAGAUGGCAGCAGAUGUCCAGGGUAGGGUUAUAAGAAAGAGGACAAAGGUAUUUAACUCCGCCUUCAAGGGACAGUGAAGUCUAUGCUAUUCCAGUACAUGUUAAUCUAGUCUGCAUUGGCAGAACCAGGUCCAAAAUCUGGCCCCAGAAGACUGUGAGCAAGUCCAUCCCCCUCGUAUUCUUUCUUGUCUUUGAUAUUGUCUGCAUUAAUUCCAGGAUGAGAGUCAAUCCCAG